CCAUCUCUCUCUUUACCUCUCACUCUUUUUUUCCUCUUUACCUUUCACUCCCCUUCCCCUAUAUUCCCCUAUCUAUCUCUCCAUCUCUCUGCCUCCUUCAGGCAUGCUCUCUCCCUCCCUCUCCACCUCCUCUGUCCCAGCGUCCUCUGCUCCGGCUGUGACUUCAGCCGUGACCCCGGCAACCCCUAGCCCCGCCCCCCAGCUGCAGCAGCCAAUCAUCAGUAAGAAGGCGACAGAGCCGGUGCUGUACACCAAUAACAAGUGUCCUGAGUGUAAGGUGCAGUGCUGCAGCAAGGCUGAGGUGGCUGCCCACUUCCAAGAAGUCAAACCAGCCCUUAACACUUCCUGUACGGAGUGUUCUCCUCCCAUGCUCCUUCCUAACGGCUGCAGUGCCUCUGCUCACGCUCGCAUCCACAACCCCCGCCCCCCCUAUGUCUGCCCAGAGUGUGGGGGUGUGGCCAAGCAGCCAGCCUUUCAAUCCCAUUUGGAGGAGGCCUGUCUCCAUUUCACACGAUGCAUCGGAUACAGGUGACCUUUCACCCCUCACUCCCUCUUAUGUUGAAACAAACUGGACACCGGAGAAACAUCUCAAGGAUGAUCAAUGGGUCAAGGUUGAUCAAUGGAAACAGGAUGCACCUGAGCUCAAUUCUGAGUCUCAUAGC